CCUGCGGUCCCUGCCCUCGGGACUCUGACCCCGCAUGGGGACAGCACAAGGAAACCAAGGCAGUGCCGAGCAGCCCCGCAGCUGCUGGGACAGAGCUGGACAGAAUGGACCCCACCAUGGAGCUGGCAGAUGACCCCAGGUUCCCUCGGCCGCUGGUGGAGAUGCUGAUGCGGAACUUCAGCGUGCCGGCCGCAUGCUUCUACCUGCCACCCACCUCCCAGCAGCUGCUGCAGCAACUGGACAUGGUCCAACUCUCCAUCACGGGCCUGGCCACCAUCCUGACGCUGGUAUCAGUUGUCAUCUACGUGGAAGAAGCCCUCUAUAUCUACCGCAAGACCAGCUGCCCCAUCAAGAUGAAGACCCUCUGCUGGAGCAGCUCAGCCCCCACGGUCGUGAUCGUGUUCAGCUGCUUCGGGCUGUGGAUCCCACGCUCCAUGAUGGUGGUGGAGAUGGCCACCACGCUGUACUUUGCCACCUGUUUCUAUGUCAUGAUGAUGGUUAUGGUGGAGGGCUUUGGGGGGAAGGAGGCCGUGCUCAGCACGCUGAAGGACGUGCCCAUGGUGGUGAGCACCGGGCCCUGCUGCUGCUGCUGCCCCUGCCUGCCCCGCAUCACCAUGAGCAGGAGAAAGCUUCGGCUGCUGAUGCUGGGGACCUUCCAGUAUGUCCUCCUGAAAACAGCUGCUGUCUUCUUGGGACUGGUUCUGUACACUGAUGGGAACUACAACCCUGCUGAUAUCUCGGCGGAGAGCGUAGCACUCUGGAUCAACACUGUCAUCGGAGCCUCCACCCUCUUUGGGCUGUGGGCACUGGGUAUCCUCUUCCGACAGGCACGACUGCAUCUAAAGGAGCAGAACAUGCAGGCCAAGUUCACCUGCUUCCAGGUUCUCCUUGUGCUGACAGCACUGCAGCCUGCCAUCUUCAGCAUCCUGGCCAACAACGGUAACAUCGCCUGCUCGCCGCCCUUCUCCUCCAAGGCCAGGUCACAGCAGAUGAAUAUGCAGCUGUUAAUCCCGCAGACCUUCAUCCUGGUGGUGGUGGCACGGAUGUAUUACCGCAAGCAGGAUGACAAGCCGGGCUACCAGCCUGUCAGCAUCACAGCCAGCAGCAGCAAUACCAAGGUGUGAGCAGAGGAGGGUGCAAGGGCAGAGCAAAUCCAGUGUGCUGCCAGCCCAGCACAACUCUUGAAGGAGCAAAGGCAGCAGAGGGGGAAAGGACAUUUUGGGAUCUGGAAGCAGCCCUCCAGCCUGGGGGGGUUCCUGGCUGGCACUCAAUAAAGAUCACUUUGUACACGU